AUGGCGGCGUCUGGCAGCGGCGGCAGCCGGGCGGAUAACGGUUACGGCAGUCAGCAGCAGCAGCCGCCGCGGCGGAGGAAGGGUCCAGGUGCCCUGGCCACGGCCUACCUCGUUAUUUACAACGUGGUGAUGACGGCGGGAUGGCUUGUUAUUGCAGUUGGUCUAGUUCGAGCAUACCUGGCUAAAGGUAGCUACCAUAGCCUUUACUAUUCAAUAGAAAAACCCUUGAAAUUCUUCCAGACUGGAGCUUUGCUUGAGAUUCUGCACUGUGCACUUGGCAUUGUUCCCUCUUCUGUUGUUCUGACUGCUUUCCAAGUGAUGUCAAGGGUUUUCCUGACGUGGGCAGUAACACAUAGUGUGAAAGAGGUACAAACUGAAGACAGUGUCCUGUUGUUUGUUGUGGCCUGGACAAUCACUGAGAUAAUCCGUUAUUCCUUUUAUACUUUUAGCUUGUUAAACCAUCUCCCUUAUCUCAUCAAAUGGGCCAGGUACACUUUAUUUAUAAUACUGUAUCCAAUGGGAGUCUCAGGCGAAUUACUCACAAUAUAUGCUGCGUUACCAUUCGUCAGACAAUCUGGCUUGUAUUCCAUUAGUUUACCUAACAAGUACAAUUUUUCUUUUGACUACUACACAUUCCUGAUCCUGGUUAUGAUCUCUUACAUUCCAAUCUUUCCUCAGCUGUAUUUUCAUAUGCUACAUCAGAGGCGAAAGGUGCUUUCCCACACUGAAGAACACAAGAAGUCAGAGUAA